UGUAUCGGGAGCUCUUCCAAUCCACUUCGACAAUUGAGCUCAACGCAGACCAAGCAAGCACUUGAAAAGUCGCGACACGAGCCCAACUAUCACCGGUGUCGCCCCGCAAUUCGACCGGCACCGGCACGGAUCGGUAUUUGGGAGUGACAAUUGAUAUUCAACACGGCCAUCGAAGGGCCUUGGAACGCCGCAAGAGGGCCUGUCGCGGGAGAACAUAGCAGAAAUCACGCCGCCCACCAUGUCGUCGAGGCAGGCUGCACUGUCGCUCUACCGCCGCUCUUUGAAGCUCGCCCUGGACUGGUCGGUACAGCGCCAUCUCUGGCGUGGCCAGGCGCUUUACAUCCGCUCGCUGUUCGAGAAGAACCGGGACGUCAGCGAUCCGAGAUUGCAACGGGCACUACUCAAGGAGACGGAGAAGUUGCUGGAGAAGUGGAAGCAUCCGGACCCUUACGUCCAUCCGACGGCCCCAGGAGGAUCCAAGUAUGAAAGGAACCUUCAGGCACCUCAUUUGGAUCCCCCGCCGCCGCUCAAGUUCUAAUGAAACUGGUCUGAAACGGAGAUGGAUUGUACAUAUGAUUUCAGAAGCAUUGUGAAAUAGAAUAUCGAGGUACUAUCUGGUCCAGAGCUAUCUGACAGCGAUCCCGCCAUGACGCUGCUACGUCCCAUCCUGUUCGCAGAGAUGGGUGGAAUCGAGAUGGAGCUGUGCCAUGAGUGCCCCUAGGAUGGGAUUUUGGCGCGUUCAUGUCGAAAGGUCAGGCGCGUUACAAUUGGAACCAAU